CUCACUUCCAACGUCGACCUACCUGAAAUUUUCCUUAAUCUCCACUCCUCGCUAUUGUAUCGGCACUAUGCGGAUCCGCCCCUCACCCCCCAAGAAACCUACGCCCGGCCUCCUUCAUGAGUACGCAGACCGUCUCGUCGCAUUCGAGUACUCAGCUUCUAAAGGACUAAAACCACAUACUUUGCUCUUCAUAUCCGGCCUCGGCGAUGGGCUUGGCACUGUCGCCUACCUGGAAGACAUCGUUGCCGCGCUGGAAGGUUCGCAAUGGUCGGUCUUUUCACCCGUGAUUUCUUCGUCGUAUGGCGGGUGGGGGACGAGCGGGCUUGGAAGAGAUACCGACGAGAUGGCGCGGUGCAUUGAAUAUAUCCAAAAAUACAAAGAAGGGUCGGGUGUGCACGAGACGGAGAGGAAGAUUGUCAUCAUGGGCCAUUCAACAGGAAGCCAGGAUGUCCUGACGUACAUUUCUUCGCCGAACCCACGGCAUCCUCAACCGGGGCUGGACCCUGGGCAUGGACACAGACAUAAGCGGAUGCCGCCCCUCCGACCGCAAGUCGACGGUGCGAUAAUGCAGGCUCCCGUCUCAGACCGACAAGCCAUCCAGACGGUUCUGGAGGAAGGAAACGAGCGUCACUCGGCUAAGUACAUGCGCAAGGUUGUUAACGAUGCCAUCGCCUAUGCAAAAAAACAUACGUACGAAGACUACGACAGUCUCGACACAAUCAUCCCGCUGCCCAUCACAGCCGCAAUCGGGUACCCGGCUUCAACGGCUGUUUCGAGUCGGCGCUUCCUUAGUCUGACGAGUCCGGAUAGUCCCGACUCGCCCGGAGAAGACGAUCUUUUCAGUUCGGAUCUAACGGAUGAGCGGUUACGAAAAACGUUUGGGAUGGUGCGACACCGGGGCGUUCUGAAGGACCAGAAGGGCCUGCUCGUGCUCUAUUCUGGUAAUGAUCCUUCAGUACCAGCAUUCGUUGAUAAGGAGGGGCUGUUGAGAAGGUGGAGAUGGGCGACGGACGCGGAUGAGAAGAGGGCAUAUUGGCAUGGCGAGAGUGGUAUUAUUCCUGGUGCAACGCAUACGCUUGAGGGUCCGGGGCAGGUUGAGCAGCGGAAAGAGCUGGUGCGGAGGGUAUGGAUGUUUUUGGCUGAUGUGGAAGGUGAUCCGAGGACUUCAUGUCACUCUGCUAGACCGUUGAGCUGA